UAUUUAUUAAUCUUAUUUAAAAAAUGAGUUAAAUUUAUUUCCAAUUUAAAAAAAAUUAUUAAAAAACAGUGGUGUCACGUACAAUGGAUAAAAUGCGGAAAUUAUUUACUCCUGGACCUCUGGGCAUCAGCAUGCGUGUGAGACAACAAAUGCUUCGAGACAUUGGUUCAAGAGAACCUGAAUUUAUAGAAACGAUCAGGUUUGUUCGUAAAAAGCUGUUGGAAAUUGCCAAUGUGGGAGACGAGGUAUUUACAGUGGUGCCAAUGCAAGGCAGUGGAACAUUUGCACUCGAAAGCGCAUUCACCACUACCAUUCCUCGGAAUGACGGAAAGGUUCUUAUACUUGACAAUGGUUCAUACGGAAAACGACUGAUGAAAAUUUGCCAAACUUCGUCGAUUCAAACUGAGAUAAUGUCAGUUCCCGAAGCACUAAAUUUCAGUAUCGAAGACAUUACCAAAAGAUUGAAAUCAGACCAAUUUUCCCAUCUGGCUAUGGUCCACUGUGAGACGAGUACUGGUGCCAUAAACCCCAUUGAAGAAAUAGGCACUGCAGUGAAGGCAGUCAGUCCAGAUACAAUAUUCAUGGUGGAUUCAAUGAGCGGUUUUGUGGGAAUACCUAUGAAUCUUGAUAACAUAGAUGUGAUGGUAACCAGUACUAAUAAAUGCAUGCAAGGAGCACCUGGCUUUGCAUAUUGUUUUUUGAAAAAAGAGCUACUAAACAGAUGCAAGGGAAAUUCCAGGAGUCUGUCAUUAGAUCUCUUCGAUCAAUAUGAAGCACUCGAGAAGACUGGUCAAUUUAGAUUCACUAUUCCUACUCAUGUAAUGUUGGCGUUUGCAGAAGCAAUAAGAGAACUAGAAGACGAAGGAGGAGUAAUCCAGAGAGCAAAACGAUACAAAGAAAAUGCCGAAAUUCUGCGACGAGAAAUGCAACAGAUGGGAUUCCUUACACUGUUAGAUCACUCAGAUCAUCAGUUGAGCUACAUCAUUACUUCUUUCCACUAUCCGAAGCAUAAGAACUUCAAUUUUGACAUUUUCUACAAUAAGCUAUACGAAAAGGGUUCGGUCAUCUACCCUGGGAAAGUGACUAUCGCAAAUUGUUUCAGAAUUGGUACAAUUGGAGACAUUUGGCCAGAUGACAUUAAUAAGUUAUUGAGCGAUAUCAAAGAAACUAUGCAAGAAAUGGAAAUUGAUUUACCUAUUAAAAAUGUAUAACUGCUAUUUCGUAUUGACUACCUAACUACAGUGA